AGGCCAUAGAAUAAUGUGUGCCCGGCGGGAACGAAGUGUGUAAGCACUGAGUACACUACUCCUCCUUCUCUAUGGGAAGUUUUCUUCCCUCCGCCUCCCUGACAUCCCUCCCUCCCCUUCUCCUCCGUGUGCCUCUAUCACCGUGCACUUGUUCCUCCUACUCCAGUGCCUUCCGUGAGCUGCUUACUGCAGCCCCCUCCUUGAGCGAGCCUUCUCCCCCGAGACACGGAGCACAGCAGGCGACACAAGUGCCGGCACCCGGGGACGACACAAGGAAGCGGUGUAAGCCGCCACCGGUUCCAUUGUGACUGGGAGGUGUUAUGUGCCAAAGGUGCAGCGAGCCCUGAAGGAGAGCCGUGCCUCUGGGAACAUGCCUGGCUGGAAGAAAACUAUCCCCGUCUGCCUGCAAGCAGAGCAAGAGCGAGAUGAAGGUCCUUAUACGAAGUCUGCUAACCAGUCAAAGGCACCAGAUGGCUCCCUAGCAGUCAGAAGACAGAGCAUCACAGAGGAGUUUAAGGGCUCAACAAUAGUAGAAUUAAUGAAGAAAGAGGGCACCACACUUGGGCUUACAGUGUCAGGUGGAAUAGACAAAGAUGGGAAGCCAAGAGUAUCAAACCUGCGCCAAGGAGGAAUCGCUGCCAGGAGCGACCAGCUGAAUGUAGGGGACUACAUUAAAUGUGUAAACGGCAUCAACCUUACCAAGUUCCGUCAUGAUGAGAUUAUCAGCCUCUUGAAGAACGUUGGCGAGCGCGUGGUUCUGGAAGUAGAGUAUGAGCUGCCUCCAGUCUCUAUACAAGGAUCAGGGGUAAUCUUUAGGACUGUGGAAGUGACACUACACAAAGAAGGCAACACCUUCGGAUUUGUAAUACGAGGAGGUGCACAUGAGGACAGGAAUAAAUCUCGUCCUGUUGUAAUAACUUGCGUUAGACCUGGAGGACCAGCUGACAGGGAGGGCACAAUCAAACCAGGUGACAGGCUGCUGAGCGUGGAUGGAAUCCGUCUGCAUGGAACAACACAUGCUGAAGCCAUGAGUAUUCUGAAGCAAUGUGGCCAGGAAGCCACCUUACUGAUAGAAUAUGAUGUCUCUGUGAUGGAUACUGUGUCUACAGCUUCUGGUCCACUUUUAGUUGAAGUUGCCAAAACUCCAGGCUCCAACCUUGGAGUAGCACUAACUACCUCGAUGUACUGCAACAAACAGGUCAUUGUCAUUGACAAAAUUAAACCUGCAAGUAUUGCUGACAGGUGCGGUGCUCUUCAUGUUGGAGACCACAUUCUGUCGGUAGAUGGCACAAGUAUGGAAUACUGCACGUUAGCAGAAGCCACACAGCUAUUAGCCAGCACCUCUGAACAUGUGAAAUUAGAAAUUCUUCCAUACCAUCAGACCCGACUGGCACUAAAAGGGCCGGAUCACGUAAAGGUUCAAAGGAGCAGCGAAAAGCAGCCUUCAUGGGACAGCUCAGCCAACAGCCACCGUCGCCUCACCUGCCAACAUUAUAACACCUACCACCCUGACCAUUCCAGGACGUCAGCCAUGAAAUGCCAGAAACCACCUCCUCAAAAACUCCUUCCAGCAUUGGUAUCUUCAUCCUUCUCUCCUACCUCCAUGAGUGCAUACAGCCUGAGCUCACUUAAUAUGGGUACCCUACCUCGCAGCCUUUACCCCACAAGCCCUCGAGGGACACUGAUGAGGAGGCGAAUGAAAAAAAAGGACUUCAAAAGCUCCUUGUCCUUGGCAUCUAGCACGGUUGGUUUAUCAGGACAAGUUGUCCACACAGAAAGUACAGAGGUUGCACUAACUGCAGACCCCAUAGUAGGAUUUGGAAUCCAACUCCAGGGCAGUGUGUUUGCCACAGAGACAUUAUCAUCCCCACCCUUAAUUUCUUAUAUUGAUGUAGACAGUCCUGCAGAACGGUGUGGCGUGCUGCAAGUGGGAGACCGAGUCAUUGCAAUAAAUGGUGUGCAGACAGAGGACAGCACUUUUGAAGAAGCCAAUCAACUUUUGAGAGAUGCAACUAUUGCUGGAAAAGUAACUUUGGAGAUUGAAUUUGAUGUUGCAGAGUCUGUGAUACCUAGCAGUGGAACAUUCCAUGUAAAAUUACCAAAGAAACACAAUGUUGAACUUGGCAUCACCAUAAGUUCUCCAUCCAGUAGGAAAACAGGAGAUCCACUGGUUAUUUCAGAUAUAAAGAAAGGCAGUGUUGCACAUCGCACAGGGACCUUGGAGCUGGGGGAUAAACUGCUCGCCAUAGACAAUAUUCGGCUGGACAACUGCUCCAUGGAGGAUGCAGUUCAAAUUUUACAGCAAUGUGAAGACCUGGUGAAGCUAAAGAUACGCAAAGAUGAAGAUAACUCAGGUAUAGCAAAGAAGAAUUCCUUGGUGAGAGACUACGGAUAUGAACAGGAAAGCGCUGGAUAUAUCAUUUAUACUGUGGAACUGAAGAGGUAUGGAGGGCCAUUGGGAAUUACCAUUUCUGGCACUGAAGAGCCUUUUGAUCCUAUUAUCAUCUCAAGCCUUACUAAAGGUGGACUGGCAGAGCGGACAGGAGCAAUCCAUAUAGGGGAUCGGAUACUAGCCAUAAAUAGUAACAGUCUAAAAGGCAAACCUUUGAGUGAAGCCAUUCAUUUAUUACAAAUGGCGGGGGAGACUGUCACUUUAAAAAUCAAGAAGCAGAAUGAUGAAACAAGUCCAAAGACAUUUGCAUCACCUAGCAGAGUAAGUGAGUUGUGUGACGCCGACGAUGACACUCCUGUCACUCAGAAAUCCAGCAACCUCUCUGAUAUUUACUCUACCACAGUGCCAAGUGUAGAUAGCGCAGUGGAGUCCUGGGAUGGCUCUGCUGUAGACACAGCUUUUGGAAGCCAAGGUGGUCCAAACUUUCAAGCGUCAGGAUUCAGUUUCAAUGCAUUUGAAUGGAGGAGCCCCAAACAGAAGGGCAGUCUGUCUCCUUUAAGUAGACCAGCUAAUAAUCACUUCCAGGACACAGGGCUUAGUGAUGAUGAGUGGGACAGGCCUACAGCCUGUGGGUUUCCUGGAGGCCUAGAGGACCCUGAAGCUGAUCGAGAGGAAAAUUUCUGGUCUCAGGCACUCGAGGAUCUAGAAACUUGUGGCCAGUCAGGAAUCCUCAGAGAACUAGAGGAAAAACCUGAUAAAUGUUCAAAGAACAUGAUACUUUUGGCAACCAUCAUGUCUGGCAGCACAUUGAGCCUCAAUCAUGACAAUGCUCAGCCUCGUGGGCAGCUGGGUCGCCAAGCAAGUUUCCAAGAGAAGAGCUCUGUCAGACCACAUUACAGCCAGAGCACCCGCAGCAACACGCUACCAUCUGAUGUGGGUAGAAAAUCUGUAGCUAUGAGAAAAAUCAAACAAGAAAUGAAAGAAAUUAUGUCGCCAACUCCUGUGGAGUUACACAAGAUCUCUUUAUUCAAAGACUCUGAUAGAGAAGAUUUUGGAUUUAGUGUAGCUGAUGGUUUACUGGAGAAGGGCGUAUAUGUGAAGAACAUUCGUUCCAAUGGACCUGGAGAUAUAGGAGGCCUGAAGCCAUUUGACAGGCUACUGCAGGUAAACCACGUCCGUACCAGAGACUUUGACUGCUGCUUGGUUGUCCCAUUAAUAGCAGAAUCUGGAAACAAGCUUGAUUUGGUUAUUAGCCGGAACCCCAUUGCGUCACAGAAGGAGGCACUAGAUGUAACAAACCUACCAAUAGAGGAAUGGACUGAUCACAGUGACCCUUUUUCUCAGCAAAGUGGUGGCCGCCUAGCAUCUAUGGAUAUGCGAGACUCAACAAAUACUUUAUAGCAAAAUAGUUUCUAGCACAGUGACUUGGUAGCAAAAAACAAACAAACUGGUGCUGUAUCCCUGUCCUACAGGUCUGUGCCACUGAAUCGCACGGAUGUCACUACUAUGUGGCUUUACUGUUACACACGGGGAAUGUGAACCACUAGGUAUCCUGAGGGUACUCUAUGCGUCUGAGCCUGGAGUAAUAUGAUUUUUACAGAUUCUACUACUACUUUGUGACCACUCAAAAUAUUAGUGCCAUUCCAAGCUUAACCUUGAACAAAUAUGGGGCUUUUGUGAUGUGCAAUGAACCUACUGAAAUAAAAUAAAAAAGUGGCUUAUUUUACUACCCAUCAACUGGGGCUUUUGAACAUUUAGUAAAGUCCCUGUUGGAUGGAUGGACCUGUGAAUAUAAUUUAUAGCUGCUAAGACUUUUAAGCAGGAUUUUUACCAUGUUUAGGUUGUUUUGUUUUUUUACUCAAUCUGACAAGAUAACAUGUUGUAUCCAAACCAUCCUCAGCCUUUAUGCCAACUCCUGGUAUACUGUAUUGUGUGUGGUUUAGUCCUGAAUGAGCCUCUACCAGAUUCUUGCAGUGAAUGGUCUCCGUUCCUUUGUAUACAUGUUUUGCACCCUUAAAUCACAGUAAGGCUGAAAUAAGCAUUAUCUUCAAAGUUACACAACUUCAACCUGAUGUCAAUCACUAUAUAAUUUCAGAUUCCUCAGGCCUAUUCAGAAUCAAUGAAAGUUGUCUAUAAUGCAGACAUUUCAUCCAAGUUCUGGUGUGUGUGUGUAUAAUAUAAAUAAGAGCAUUAGCAUUGAAUGGUUUCCUCUGCCAUGUCUCAUUGUUUUAGAGGUGUGUACAUGUUUAAAGAGCUUUGCCAAUUAGUUUAUCCCUGGAAGCAAUAAAGUGAUUCUUAUUUUGAUUGGAGACUCACCAGCAGCUCUGUGCUCCCUAGCAUUGGCAUCUGCUGAGUAGAAGAGGAUCCAGGAAGCCUCCAUCGUGUGUCUAUGUAACUGCACUCUACAGUCCUUUGGUAUUGUCUAAUGGAUGUUAUUCUUACCUGUGCAAGCCAACACACACUGCCAGUCAAAAUACAAAGUAUAUUACACAAAAAUAUGGGAGAAAAGGAAAUCAUUUAUCAUUUAAUUAAAUAUGUAUUUUUGUUUGUAACAAACGAGUAUUUAACUGUAAAGUAUUUUUGUACAAAUUUAAUACUUUAAUAGCAUGGCAUUUAUUGUCUUAUGUAUGGUUUUGGGAACUCAAGCUGUUGAAACUUUGUAUGGAACAAUCAUGAUGUACAAAAUGGAAUAAACCAUGAUAUAAAACAAGCAACAAUA